ACUAACUUGUCUGUAGUUAACGGGCAAGGUCGUCUCUUUUUGAACCACGUUGACUGUAAACAGCAGAGUUGUUUUCGGCUUUUUUUGGGAAUGCUAAUUGCAUUAGCCCUAGUCAACAAACCUUUCAGCAACCCUGAAGUAUGUUGUGAGCAGAACAUUUUCGAUGAGUUUAACAAAACUAGCUAGCGUUAUGCUACAUACGUUUGUUAGUUUAUAACAGCCAAUUCUCCAGGCGUUGGUUCAGUUUUAACUUAUAUUUAAGCCAAGACGGGUGAAGAUACACCGAGCGUUGUAAAGAAAGAAAGAAACAAACAAACAAACAAACAAACAAAAAAAGAGCAACAUGAUUAAGUGUUUGCCCGAAGAGGUUCGGGGGAAGCUUCGCACCGGUGUUGCCAUCCCGUCGUUACAACAGUGCGUAGAGGAGCUCAUCCUAAACAGCAUCGAUGCCGGGGCCACUUGUGUAGGAGUCAGGAUGGACAUGGAGGCAUUUAAAGUUCAAGUGAUCGACAACGGUGUUGGGAUGAGCAUUGACGACAUGGAGUGUGUGGGAAAUAGAUACCACACAAGCAAAUGCAGCUGUUUUGAAGACUUGGACAACCUUAGAUGGUAUGGUUUCAGAGGUGAAGCCUUGGCAAGCAUUAUUUCUUUAGCCACGCUUGUUGAAAUCUCUUCCCGGACAAGAUCGUCAGUCAAAACACACGUUAAACUAUUCAAGGAUGGAAAGGGCUUGGCUGUCUUUGAAGCAGAGACUGCCAGACCCUCUGCAGGGACAACUGUCAUCAUUUGUAAUUUCUUCCACAACAUGCCAGUCCGGAGGAAGAGGCUGGACGUAGUCUUGGAGGGUGAGAGGAUCAGACACAGGCUGGAGGCUAUUUCCCUGAUGCAUCCCUCUGUGUCCUUCACUCUGAAGAAUGACUGCACAGGUACCAUGAUGGUGCAGCUUCCCAAAGCUAGAAACACCUAUCACAGGUUUAUUCAAAUACACGGCCUAGCACGAGCAGAGAAACUGGGAGAAAUCAGCUACACACACCAGCAGUUUGAAAUAAAUGGUUACCUUGGCAAAGAGGGUCACUACAAUAACAGCUUACAGUUUCUAUAUGUAAAUGAAAGAUUGCUGCUGAAAACACGGAUCCACAAGCUGCUAAAUGUCCUCUUACGCAGAUUGAGUAGUUCAAACCAAAAAAAUGACAGUCCAGAUGUGCAGUCCAUCAUCAAGAGUCCUAAGCACAAGCGAAACCAUGAGCUUUAUGGUGUAUACACUAUCAAUAUAAAAUGCUCUUACUCAGAGUAUGACAUUUGUCUCGAGCCUGCUAAAACUCUAAUAGAGUUUAAAGAUUGGGAUGGGAUUGUGUUAUGUGUAGAAGAAGCAGUAAACACUUUCCUGAAGAGGGAGAACUUGGUGUCUGUGUUUUCUCAAGAUGAUUUAGACUGUGUAUCUCCAAAAGUACUUGAUACUGACAAAACAGAUCGAGAAGAGGGUAUUGACAAAGCUACUUCUAUGUUGGACUGCAGUUUUGGAACGAAACUUGCAUCUGAAUUUGUUCAUCGCAAGAGCACAGAUGAAGGUGUUUACCAGGAGUCUGGUCUGAUAGUGUGCAAAUCUGAUCAGCCUGAACAACUUGCACAGAAGAAGCCUGCAUCUUUCAAUAUAAGUGAUGAAGAUGAGUCAACAUCUGGUGAAACUGGUGAAGGUUCAGAAGUUCUACACAUGCCAAAUGGACAACAGCUUAUACAAAUAAAAGAACAAGAGACACAGCCAAGUAGUGAUACCGCAAUCUGUGAUGCUGAUCCACGACACAGCCUCAUUCAACCAGUUCAGCCUGAUUUAGACAGUACUGAACAAAUAAUGCCAUGUACAGGCAGGCAUGAACAGACUUUAGUAGGCAACAGAAAGAUCAGUUUGUCUGAUCCAUACAUUCAUGAAUGUUUGCAGAUUCAAGAGCCAUUCCAAUCCAGUAGGUCAGUUUUUCAGGAGUGCAAUUUAACAGCAAAAUGUGAGGAAAAAUCUGUUGCACCAAAACACAAAAUCUCACUGGAAGCAUGCCGAGACAGAUCCUCUUGGAAACUGUGCAGAGGCUUUGAUCCUGUCAUCCCCUCAAAGAUUCCCAGAGUCAGUUCUUGUCAGGGAUUGUCAACAGUUAUGGAUCUUGGAUCUCUGGACAAGUUUAGAAGCGCAUAUGUUAAAUCUAAUGAAGUGAAAUUACCACCUGUUCAUUUACAGAAUGCUACACUUCCUCAGACAAACAGCUUUACUUUGAAUCCUAAGAGCAUAUCUAUUUCCCAGGAUGACCGUCAGAUGAGUGGUGUCCAAGAGAUGCCAGUGGAAGAGGAAAAACAGAGCAGCUUCCAAAUCCCACCUGACCUCUCAGCUGACAAAGCUGAGAAUAGAAGUAAAAUAUCUUUGGCAGCUAAACUUUGCCAUUUAAAACAGAACAAGACAGAAAAUGCAAUGUCCAGGAAUACUUCAGUGGACAAAAUCAGUCUCAGUAGUGGUAAAAAGGGUUCCAAAGAUGGCAAUGACAGGGAAAAUUCCCAUGACUCUGCAGUGGAUAAUGAAUCAGUCUUGGCUUGCAGUACUAAUCCUGAACUGGCUGGGAAUGAAGAGGGUUCAACAUCAGGUGACUGGCUCCAUCACUAUGAUACGUCUGUUGGAAAGAUUGUUUAUGUCAACAGAAUGACUGGACUCAGCAGAUACGAGGACCUGGGCAAAGAGGAAACACAAGUACAGUGCACGUCUGAUGUCACGAAUAUGGCAGUUAAUGUCAUCUCCAAGUUGGAUUAUGGUGGUGAGAGCUCUAACUCUCUUUCUUCAUUAUACUCUGAAUGGAAUAAUCCAGUAUUUGUCCGUCCACCUAUGGUCGGUGUGGAUAUCUCCAGUGGACAAGCGGACGGACUGGCUGUAAAGAUCCACAACAUCCUUUUUCCGUAUCGCUUUUCUAAGGCCAUGAUUCACUCAAUGAAGGUUAUUGAUCAAGUAGACAAAAAGUUCCUUGCAUGCCUCAUCGAUACAAGAGAUGAAGAGCCUACAGUACACAGUGAAACUGAAGGAAAUCUGUUGGUGCUUGUGGAUCAACAUGCUGCACACGAGAGAGUUCGACUUGAAAAUUUAGUUGCAGAUUCAUAUGAAGAUGACCCAGAUGCUCCUGGGGAGAGACGCCUCUGCUCUUCCACCAUUUUGCCACCUCUGGAGAUCAGUCUAACAGAAGAAGAGCUACGGCUGCUUAGGUCUUGUCAGACACAUCUGAGGAGUUUGGGCCUUGAAGUUACGUUCUCACACACAGCAGCUCCACAGGUGUUUGUAGCGAAGGUGCCAUUGUGCUUUAUGGAAAAAGAGAGCAACGAACUGAGGCGGGGGAGACCAUCUGUUAUCAAGCCUAUUGUUGAAGAGUAUCUUCAAGAGCAGAUUGAGUUACUUCGUUCUACAGGCAGAGUGAGAGGAACUUUGCCUCUCACUGUCCUGAAAGUGCUCGCCUCCCUAGCAUGUCACGGUGCCAUCAAAUUCAACGACACUCUAAGUAGAGAUGAGUGUUGCAGCUUAGUUGCAUCCUUGUCUUCGUGCCAGCUGCCCUUCCAGUGUGCCCACGGCCGUCCCUCCAUUGUUCCUCUCGUAGACAUUCUUCAUUUGGACGAUGACCAGAAGGAUUUCCAGAAGCCCAACCUGCAAAAGCUAAAGAGAAUGCACAAAGCAUGGGAGCUGUUUGGAAAUAGAUAAGUGGGUGUGCAUUUAAUUUGGCCGAGUAGUUUGUUACCGAUAAUGACUUGCAACUCAUAGAAAUACAUCUCAGAUAGAUCAGUUAUACUAGAUCUAUCAAAGUCUUAAAACUCAAGCUUUUUGUACUAAAACAACUGUAAAAACACAGAAAGGUAUUUAUAUACAUAAUUUAUUGUUAGAAAUAAUAGUUUUGUACCUGAAAAUAGAAAAUAUCAAAUGAUCAAAUUUGACGUGGGAUGCUUUAUUAGAAAAAUAUUAAUGUCACAUUUUAGCGACUAUGACGGCGUUCACAAAGUUGCAGGUGCACUUAGUGACUGUGUCUCUUCUGUAAAACUCACUGGCUUCUUAGCUUUGAAGAAUAUUGUUGUGAAUAAAUAAACUUAUAGCAAAAAGUAAGGAAAUUUGUGUUUGGUGGAUUGUUGCUUUGUUGUAACUGCUUCCUGGCAAUAAAUCGUAUACUGUUGGAAACCCAGAUUAUUUCCUUUUUAAAUGGAGGCAAGCCUUGCCAUCUUGAAGGAUAGUGUUUGGUCCCAGACCUUGGACAUAUAGGAUUACCACUGGUUUCAGAAUCUUAUCUCAACAUCUCUAUGAAUUGAGAUUGCCUCCAAUUAUGACAAGCGUUGUUUUACCAGUGAGGGAAAUGCUGCCCCACACCACCACAUUUUCUCCACCAAAAGUUGUUACCAUCCAAUAUGACAGUGCUUUCUCCUGCAGAGGGGGGGUUUAUCAGAGACUACUAGAAUUUAAGAUUAGAAAGAAU